UUAAAAUUUGACUGAUACACUUAAAAAGAGUGAACAGAGAAGAGGAACGAAACCUAGCGGGGGAAGAGAGAGAUGGAGGAAGGAGAAGAUGGAAGCGAGAAGCAGAAGCAGAACGCAAGCGCCACGCGACCAUCUCUGAAAUCCGAUUCUCCGUUCAACAAUUAUCAUUUAUGGAAACAAAAGUUCAGAGAGAACUGCUACAAAAGGGUGCGAGAAGACCGAACACGCUUACUCUGGAAAUUCAGAUGCAAUGAACAGCAACGGGAUGAUACUCUGAAGUGUGCAUUGGAGGAUAUUGUAUCCGAUGAAUUCCACAAAAUGAAACGCAGGGAUGAGGUGUUAUGGGAGUAUGAAGGUCCUCCUCUCACCACUUGCCCGGAUCAAUAUGAAGAAAUACUCUUAGAAAUGCAAAGGAUCUUUUAUGAAGACCUCAAAUCCCAACCACAAGAGUUGGAAAGCGAUGUUGAAAUUUGGGAACAUAAAGUUGAUGAGUACCUGGCUCGUGCGGUUUAUGAGCAUAUGCAGCUAAACGAAGACGAGGCAUAUGGAAAAGAGAUUUGGUGUCCCAUUUGUAAGCAAGGAGAGCUAAAAGAUAGUCACAAUCUUAUAUAUUGUACUCGUUGUGAACUUCAACUAAACAAAGCCAGUGAGGUACUGAAAGCAUAUAGAUAGCAAGUUCCUUCAUUUGUUUGAUGUAACAUCCAAGCAAAAAGCAUGUCACAGUCUAACAUCUCAUCUUUUGCAGAGGAGAAUCGUUUGUUUACUGUGAGUGUUGAGCUACACAGCCGUGAUAAAAUAUUGGGAUAUUUGAGGAUACUUGGUCUUUGGGAUUUCGAAAGAAGUAUAAUAUUUUGUAAUUGUCUCAAUUUUUCUUUAUUGAAUAUGGUAGUCGUAUCUGCAUGAAGAUAUAGGCUAUAAGCUAAACUACAUCUGCUCUUACACUUUGGCUUUAUUCAGACACUUAACAUCAUCUUUUUUCUUUUGAGAUCCAGCUUACUUUGGACUUUUUGCGAGAUCGGCUGGCUGAAGUCCACACGGAGCAUCUUGACAGAGGCUGCAGAUUGAAACCCAAAUUUUGUAUGAAGACAAAAUUUAAUUUAACUGCAUUGUACAUUUCAUGUGAAGGUUGCGAUACA